AAAUAUACAUAAACAAAGUAGUGUUCCAGUGCCUUAGGCAGUCAGUCUCUGGGAGAACUGACACAUCAGUACCCAGAAGAGCUUGGCAGAUCUGCAGCCAUAGCCUCAUGAUGAGACUGUGAUUCACACCCUAGAAGCCAGGGGACUUUCCAUUACACCUACAUACCGCAUGGCCCCUGCAUGCAGUGUUUUUCUAAGCCUACCCUACACACACACACACACACACACACACACUCUUACACAAGCAUGUCUGCAGUGGUAUGUCCAACAGUCUCAUGUGUCUCAUGUCUUCUUUCUACUAGCCCUGUGAAGCCAGAGGAAAUGGACUGGUCUGAGCUUUACCCAGAGUUCUUUGCUCCGCUUACUCAAAAUAAGAGCCAUGAUGAUCCAAAGGAUGAGAAAGAAAAGCACUCUGGGGCCCAAGUGGAGUUUGCAGACAUAGGCUGUGGCUAUGGUGGCUUGUUAGUGGCACUGUCACCGCUCUUCCCAGAUACCCUGAUUCUGGGUCUGGAGAUUCGGGUGAAGGUGUCGGACUAUGUUCAGGACAGGAUUCGGGCCCUCCGUGCAGCUCCUGGGGGCGGAUUCCAGAACAUUGCCUGUCUCCGCAGUAACGCCAUGAAACACCUUCCUAACUUCUUCCGCAAGGGCCAGCUGGCAAAGAUGUUCUUCCUCUUCCCGGACCCACACUUUAAGCGGACAAAGCAUAAAUGGAGAAUCAUCAGCCCCACACUUCUGGCAGAAUAUGCCUACGUGCUGAGAGUUGGGGGCCUGGUAUACACCAUCACCGAUGUACCGGAGCUGCAUGAGUGGAUGUGCACCCAUUUUGAAGAGCACCCACUGUUUGAGCGUGUGCCUCUGGAAGAGCUAAGUGAAGACCUCAUUGUGGAACAUCUAGGCACUUCAACUGAGGAAGGAAAGAAAGUUCUACGCAAUGGAGGAAAGAAUUUCCCAGCCGUCUUCCGAAGAAUACAGGAUCCUCUCCUCCAGGCAGUGGCCCCAAACCCCACCCUGCCUUAGCCGAACCCCCUCUUCUAGUGACUGAAAAAAGAUCAGCUCCCCAUUCCAGGCCUUCCCAGACUGGUGGGACUGUGGGGCCGUGACCUCUCCAAGAAGUUGGGGUGCAGUCUGUGGUGUUCCUUAGCCGUCACUCUUACUGCCUUUUCUUCCAGUGUCAGAAGAAAUCAGAUGAAGCUGGCUGAGAAGGUCAAAGGACCGUGGGCCAGAGGGGAUAUUUGGAGGGCUGUGGGUAUUCUGUUCUCCUUGAGCACGCCCCCCCCCCUCCUGGGGCUUCUCUAGCUGGGGCAGAGCAUGUGAUGCCCCACUGUCUAGGCCGUGUGUGUGUGUGUGUGUGUGUGUGUGUGUGUGUGUGUGUGUGUAAACAUGUGAUGCCCACUGUCUAGGCCAUAUGUGUGGAGAAACAUGAAGACCCACUGUCUAGUCUGUGUGUGUGGAGAAACAUGUGAUGCCCAUUGUCUAGGCCGUGUGUGGCUCAGGUUGCCUUCACUUGUGUUUACUUUGCAGUCCUGGGAAUGAUCAGGGUGUGUGCCCACGUACCCAUAUGUGUGUCCACAUGCCCUUGUGUGUGUGUCCACAUGCUCGUGUGUGUGCCCAUGUGUGGAGUCUCUGAAGAGCAAGGGGGUAGAGAGCCUUCCUUGUCUCUACCAUGUUGAACUUGAUUCCAGAAUUUCAGACCUGACUGGCAUAGUUGUGUCUGAUGGGGAGAGGGAGGGAAGGCGGAGGAACAGGGAGAU